AUGUCUGGGCGCGGCAAAGGUGGGAAGGGUCUGGGCAAAGGAGGCGCUAAGCGCACCGCAAAGUGCCACCGCAAAGUCCUGCGCGACAAUAUUCAGGGUAUCACCAAGCCAGCCAUCCGACGCCUGGCACGGCGUGGAGGCGUUAAGCGCAUCUCAGGCCUUAUAUACGAGGAGACGCGCGGAGUUCUUAAGGUGUUUUUGGAGAAUGUGAUCCGCGAUGCAGUUACCUACACGGAACACGCCAAACGCAAGACAGUCACGGCCAUGGACGUGGUUUACGCGCUCAAGCGCCAGGGUCGCACCCUCUAUGGCUUCGGCGGCUGAGUGUUUUCCUUACUUAUCCCAUUCCUCAAAGGCCCUUCUCAGGGCCACCCAUGAAAUCUGUGAAAGGGCUGUAGACUAGAGCCUUAAUGUCCUAAGAACAUCUAAACGUAUGGCAGUUUUGGCAAAUUAGCGAUUCUACAUAAGCAGUCUCUAAGGUUUAUUGCGGUUCGGUGCCCCUUUCAGCAUUACUUAGUGGUUUAAAGUGUCGUAUUCUCUGAUAGACGGCCAAAUUUAUAACGCCUCCGGUUUUUGCAAGUCACAGUGGAACAUCCGGUCUCAUUUACCUUGUGUCGAUUACUUUCCCGCUAUGAAUGCAAGGGCUGUGUAACUAUGACACUAGUCCGCAACGCUCAAAAUGCCUCAAUAUCGCCCUUUACAGAAAAAGUUGGCCAACUUCUAAAACAUUCUUAAGUACGUUUAAAUUUGAGAAAUACUGGCAUACCUACAACGCUCGAGUUUCAUAUCCCCUUCAAUGCCUCCACUUAAAAAUUUACUCUAGUUUCACUUUUCCUUCACGUUCCUUAACUUUUUGUCAAACCAAUAAUGACACCACAUAAUUCAAAUAGUGCAAGGCAAGUUUAGAUUUUUCAAGCUUACAUUUAAACAGGAUUUUGAUGCAUGAAAAUUCCUAGAGUUUAGGGGGAUUUUUUGUUUCCGUUUUUGUUUUUCUUUAGCUAUCAAAAACAUUUUACGUUUCUUGACCCAAAGCUGAGGCGGAAUGUCUCCCU